AAUGUUGUAGACCUUACUUUGGAAAGACCUGGGGGGGUCCUCAUGUUGCUGGCAGCCUCGGUCACAUGAACCACAGCUAUCUUUAGAAGAGGGUAUUUAUAUGACAGAGUUUGCAGCUUCUUAGCUACUCAGACAGAUACAGGAAGAUAGAAAUCACACCCACCGUGACAUAUAUGAAGAGCCCUCUGAUCUCUGCAGAGCACUUGCCGACAAUGGACUAGGCAGUGCAAGAGCUCCCGUGACGACACGGGGGUAAGCCUUGGCUGGCCAUGCAGCCCUCGCUGGAUGAAAGGGUGCGGAUCCAGGUGGAAGAGGAGUUUUUCUCGGUGGACAAGGCUCUCCUGGUGGAGAACAGCGAAUACUUCCGGGCGCUCUUCCAAUCCGGCAUGAGAGAGAGCACCCAGAAGGAGAUCCAGAUCAGAGAUCUGAGCGCCACAGGCUUCGCCGUCAUGCUGAAGGUCCUGGAAGGGGAGCACCCGAUCCUGAGCUGCGAGGAGAACCUCAGGGCAGUGGAGUGUGCCUCGUUCCUGCAGGUCAAGACCCUGGCCAAGUACUUGAUGUCAUCCAUCAAUACAGACAAUUGCAUUCUUCUCUACCAGGCAGCUGCCAUCUUUGGCCUCUUGGAUCUCUUCCAUUGUGCCGCACUGUACAUACGAGACAGUUACUCGGACCUGGAGGAGUACCUCGACUGCCUCUCUCCAGACCUUCUGGAUUAUGUGGAGUCCAUCAUCCCCAGCACGUUUGUGGCAGUAGGGGCUCACACGCCCACCUUUGAGUUCUUGGAAGACCUGUCAAGAACUGUUUGCUACCUGGAUGAGGAAGGUAACACCUGGAGGACACUUUCCUGCUUACCGCUGACGGCCAGCACAUUCCUAGCUGGCAUAGCCACCUUGGAUAACAAGAUUUACAUUGUGGGCGGGGUCUACGGUUACAACAAGGACAUUGUGAACCGGAGUUUUUGCUACGACCCGAUGGCCAACGUCUGGAGUGAGUUUCCCGGGCCCCAGCAGCUGCGCUAUGACUUCACACUGACAGCCCAAGAGAACAGCCUCUACGCCAUAGGUGGGGAGUUUGGGAAGGCCGCCCUGAAGUCGGUGGAGAAGUUUGACAUCUCCACCAACACCUGGAGAUUUGUCUCUGACCUCCCCCAGCCAACCACAGCGGUGCCCUGCGCCCAAGCGAUGGGGCGCAUCUUCGUCUGCUUGUGGAAGCCUCUCGACACCACCAUGAUCUACGAGUACAAGCCUCAGAAGGACGAGUGGCAUCCCAUCUCCACCCUCAACAGGCCUCAGAGCUAUGGCCACUGCAUGGUGGCUCACCGGGACAACCUCUACAUUGUGCGGAACGGGCCUUUCGAUGACUUCCUGCGUUGCAUGAUGGAUUGCUUCAACCUGACCACGAUGCAGUGGACAUCUCUACCAGGGCAGUAUGUGAACAGCAAAGGGGCUCUCUUCACGGCUGUCAUCAAAGGGGACACAGUCUACACGGUCAACAAGAUGCUCACUCUGAUGUAUACCAUAGAGGGGAACACAUGGAAAUCCAAAAAGCAGAAAGCUGGUUUUCCAAGGGCUGGUUCUUUGCAAACCUUCCUCCUCAGGCUUCCAAAGAAAGACCACAGCAUCGCAACUUAGAGAGCCGGUCUCUGCUAGAUGAAUUUCUCAGGGACCCACGUUGCCUUCCUUCUAUGCCAGACGUCCUGCAACGCCGCCAAAUUAAAAUCCAAAGGUUGUGAAAUCACCCCAGCUUUCAGUCGACACUCUCUGCACCUUCUGGGCCAGCAACAUUUCAAGGCAGGAAGCUCAGGGCUAGCUUGCACCAGAAGCAACUGUAACGCAGCUCUCUGCUCUUCCAACUGCAGCUGGGCUUGUGGCUUCAUGGGCCUCAAGCAAUAUGGUUUCCACAGACUUAUUUGUCAUACCAAACUGGGCCAAGUAGAAAGGAGGCAGCAAGUGGCAACCAGCAAGCAGGAGGAGCCAGUCACUGGCAGGAAGCCAGCGGCACUAGGAGGAGAUUUAUGCACUGAGGGGGUCAUGUUCAUUUUGGCCUACGCCCAGCUGAGUGGCGGAAUCUACCUCUCACAGAACAAGUUGGCAGUACAUCACACCAUUCAAAGUUGGAAUUAGCAAUUUAUUAGCACAAAGCCGACUGAGUGUCAGGCCUAAUAAGCAGAGCAGCUUAUCUCCGGUAGGUCUUUACCCCAUGAAUCAGUUCCUGAGACUGAAAGUUCCCCGCCUCCCCAGAGCCAUCUAAGUCGCUUUCUAUCCAGGGCUUUCCCCAAGCAAUCAGAGACCGCACCUGCGUGCAGCCAAUCUCUCAUUUGCCCUUUUCAUGCCUCUCCUGGUUCUGGGAGCAGCAGGAAGGGGAGACACCCAUGACACUUCACUAGCUUGACUUAUCUCUGCCUCCUGGCCUCCCUCCUCCCACCCUCCUGCUUCAUCUUCUGCCUCUGAUUCUGGACUCUCCCAGUUCACUAAACCCUGUUACCUCUUCAGCUUCUGACACUUCCUCCUCCUAGGCUUCUCCCUCUUCUCCCUCUGACUACUCAUCAUUGUCCCACCAAUACUCCCCAGUCUCUGAGCCUUCUUGCCUUGAUGUGUGUGUAUUUUUCCUGUUGGUUCCUCCAUUCGUCUGCGCCAACCAGUCCAUGACUCUACCAUUGUUUUAGUCCAUCUUGAUGAGUCUCAUAAAAAGUCAGGCCAUUGCCUAUGUGAUUCACCAUUGUCUACACUGCUUGGGAGCCGCUCUCCAGGAUUCUAGAAUGGAGGUUUUUCCAAGCCCUACCUGAAGAUACCAGGGAUUGAACCGAGGACCUCCUGCAUGCAAAGCAGGUGGUUGACCACUGAACUGUAGCCUCACCGUCCCCCCUGGACAUAGGAAGCUGCCUUAUGCAGACCACUGGACCAUCUACCUCAGUAUUGCUGGCACCUCUCCAGGGUUCCAGAAUGCUCUUCAGUCUUUCCCAGCCCUGCCUGGAGAUACUGCUGGAGAAUGAACCUGGGACUUCCUGCAUGGAAAGCAGGUGCUCUGUCACGGAGCCACAGGCCUUCCCCUUCUCUUCUGCUGAAGGUGAAAAAGGAUUAGGUGGUGCUCUCUAAUUCUCAGAGUGAAAAGCUGCUGACAUUAACACGCACAGCUUUUAGAAGAAGGGUGUUUCAGGCAUCCCAAACUGGAGCACUGGAAAUGUAGACGUUAAAGGUCAGUAACUGAACUACAUUUUGAGAAUGUCUUUUUUUAAUUGACCACAAUCAGAGACAGUUAAACAUGCUUAAGUCCCAUUGGUACUUAAGACAAGACCCAUCUCUGAUAACUUUCAAGAAUACAGAGCAUUGAUUUGGUUUGACUUUUAACCUGAGAUGGAAGCCAUUGAUCCCAAUUGUCUUUCUUUCUUUUUCUUUGAAAGAGCUCUGGUUUUAAAUUUGUUAAUUGGUCAGAUUUGCUUGGUGUUUUUAUUUUGCAUACCACUUUGAAGGCACUUUGUCAAGGCCCAAAGUAUGGUUUCUAAGCCUCUUUUUAUAAAGAAAUACAGAAAUAGUUCAACCGCGAAUGAAGUAUUGCCCUGUGCAGAGUGUUGUGGGUUUCUCCAGGGUUAUGCCAGUAAUAUCUAUACCCUGCGAUGAAGUUGUGUUUCUAAGUUUUAUAUGCCCCACAAUUCAGUCUGUGGCAGGCUUUAAGUGGUUAGGAAAUUAAUAGCUUCAUAAUAAAGCACAGCCUGACUCAGAUUCAGGGUUGAGCAUACGGAUAAAACCUUUUCCGUUUGCAUCCAAAAGUUUUGGACUCAAUCCAGAGAGUGCCGUUUUAACAAGCAUCAUUAAUUAUGCCCAGCCCCCAAAGACGCAGUUAAGCCCAGACCAUCAAGCCUUUGCAAACAUCUCCCUGCUGAUAUGCAUCUCUUCAAAUAAGAGGAGGAAGGACAGUUUGAGCUGAGCCACAGCUAUGGAGCACCAGGCAUUUUCCUUGAUGGACUGUGAUUGAAGCCAGACUUGCUGUAAAAAAGAAAAGAAAAAAAAGCCCCACAUUCAACUCAUGACUGUUUUUGGUAACGGCUGCUGAUCUGACUCCAGCUUGCCAGUGUUGUUCAUGUUCUGUUCUGUAUGUUUAUAGAAGCCUUCAGGCCCUUGACUAGGCUAACUUUAAGGUCAUAUUAUUUAUGCCACAAAAAUGAACAGGCUUGAUUGACAGCAGAAGUGGCUCACCAGGUGGGGCGGAGCCGCUAAGCUAGCCUGGCGGCAGGUGGAUCGCUCUUGCUGACGGUUAGGAAAAGCAGAAGGCAGCAGGGAGGUCAGGGAGGUGCAAACUCAGUGGCUGGAUAAACUCUGCUGGUGUGUUUCCACCCCACCCACCUUCCCACCGUCUCCCCUACUCUCUCGCCAUAGAAACAGUGACCCACCAGCAGGGAGGCUAGUGGAGCAGCUCCACCCCACCCAACGAGCUGCUUCUGAUCAUCACUGUACUGUAGUGAUUAGAGUGUUGGGCGAAGGCCUAGGGUGCACCCAGGUUCAAAUCCCCGCUCAGCCACAAGCUCCUUGGAAGAAAGGUGGGAUAGAAAUGUAGCAAACAAAUAAUGAUUCCAUGUCUGCCUGGCCACCCUGGGAAUUUGUAGUUCUGCAGCAGGGAGACAGAAAUGAAGAGAGCAUUCUCUACACUCUCAUGGGAAGCUGCUUUAGACUGCCCUUGUUUUAACUACUAAAUACUGAAGGUGUGUCUCUACCUCCUUUGUUCAGCCCGGACACUGAGGUCCAGCUCCAAGGGCUUUCUGGCAGUUCCCUCACUGCCAGAAGUAAAGUUACAGGGAACCAGGCACAGAGCCUUCUCGGUCGUGGCACCUGCCCUGUGGAAUGCCCUCCCAUCAGGGUGUCAAGGAGAUAAACAACUACUUGACUUUCCGAAGACAUCUCAAGGCAGCCUUGUACAGGGAAGUUUUUUUAAUGUUUGAUUAUGUUUUUAUAUGUAUUGGGACAACCCAGUCAGGUGGGUGGGAGUACAAAUAAUAAAAUUAUUUCUCCUCCUCCUCCUCCUCCUCCUCCUCCUCCUCCUCCUCCUUCUUCUUCUUCUUCUUCUUCUUCUGUGCUGCAGUUUGAAAACCUGGCAAAAACUCUAGCUCUGAAACAGAGAUUGGUAGCUCAGAAGGCAGGGAGGCCAACAGUAGGUGGAGCCAGAGUCAAUGAAAGGCAGAGCCAGAACCAAUGAGAGGCAAGGCCAACUUAUUCCCAUCCUCUCUCGCUGCUGAGUUCUACAAGGGCAAAACUGGGGCAACAGAGGAAGCUGACAGGCAGGUGGGAUUGGCUGAGGACAGACUGCGCAUAGUGGGGCAGGGCCCCCAUUUGCCACAGAGGAGCAAUCUCCGCUGCUCUGAACAUUGUCAGCCUUGUAAUACAGCUUGUAAGCAAGGGGACGGCAACGUGUCAGGAAGGAGGUUGGUAAAUAUUAAGUAUUGCCCUGGGCUUUCAUCCGUCUCUCCCUGAAAUAAGAGCACAAACACACCAGCUAUUGGGAACGUGCCAUUUUAUUUGAGAGAAAUAUGCUGUACCUAUGAACCUCAAAGGAUGUUUGUUUUCUUCUGUUACAUUCAGCUGAAUAUCAUAUUUGUUUCCCCUUUCUCCUUUAAUAAGAGACACAAAUACUUUUUUAUUAUUUGGCUGAAAGACAAACAGGUAUCACUUCACUGUAUCUCAAGGAAAGACAAUUGGGCAUUCACGGUGACAGGAAAAAAUAAAGAAUUACUUGAUUGGAAACAGUCUUGGUUUCUUAUUUCAAAUAAGGAGUUGACGCUCAGCCAUAAUAAGCUGAAGCUCUGAGCCCCGCAGUAAAUUAAGAAGUUGCAUUCCCUAUCCUGGAAAUCCAGGUAUUGUGGUUUGGGAUGCGUGUGUGUGUUGGAGGAUUGUACAGUGGGAAGCUCUCAGCUUCGCUCAGCCCAAUUUGCAGAGAACUCUUAGGUCUGUACAGUCUUUGAUGGAGUCCAUUAAAAAUCCAGUGCAUCGUUGAAAUAAGUCAGGGCAUUGGCCAGGAAAUGGGAGCAUGGGUAUGCCCAAAAGACUUGUUUAUUGAACAUUUACCCUGAUUUGC